AUGUCUUCCCUGAUACCCAAAGGAUUCCACCAGGUUCCACGAUGUAAGGCGUUCACAGUGUUGCUGAUAUUGCUCCCAAUUUUUGCAUCACUUUUUGACCUCAAGUAUGUGUUUAUCCUUAGCUACGACCCCUUUAUCAGUCAGUGGAGACAAUACUGGAGGAUAUUGAUCUACCAAUUGAGCUUUCAGAACGAAUCAGAGGUCAUGAUUGGUGUUGCAUUGAUUCAUUUUGCCAUCAAGCAUCUGGAAAGAAUUUAUGGCUCCAAUAAGUUUCUCGGGGUUGUAGUUGCAUCCUACUUCUACAACAUGGUUGCUACCACAAUAUUGAUGGAGGUAGCUUAUCAUUUGCUGGGAUUGGACAUUUAUGUGUCUGCCGGUCCAUUUGGAAUCAUCACAUCGUUGAUUUAUUUUUAUUUUCAAUCUACACCCUCGGCAUACAAAUUCCAGCUUAAUCUGAAAGUUAACGAAUCUAGGCCUAAUUCGAAGAUCGUCCUAACAGACCAGUUCUUCAUCAAGGUUCUCAUCCUACAAUUGGCAAUAUUCAACAUUAUUCCCUGUGCUACAGGGUAUUUGAUUGGAAUACUACUACAUAGAGAUAUACUGCCCGGAAAGGGGUUAUGCUUGAGACUAUCGAUACCAAAACUCAAAAGUGAACCAACACGGUCAACAGAGGAAGUUAACAGACUGCUGGCAGGUUCAAACAAUGAAGAGGAUGAUGAUGAUGAACAUGAGGAUCUGCAUGACCACAACGACGAUAGUGACGAGCCUGGUCGUGCUGAAACACCAGUGAGACCCUUAGGAACACAGAUCUUAAAUACCUUCCGGGCAUAA